AUGUCUGGACGUGGAAAAGGAGGAAAAGGUCUCGGAAAAGGGGGUGCCAAGCGUCACCGAAAGAUUCUUCGUGAUAACAUCCAAGGUAUUACCAAGCCAGCCAUCCGUCGUCUUGCUCGCCGUGGCGGUGUCAAGCGAAUCUCUGGCCUCAUCUAUGAAGAAACCCGAGGUGUUCUAAAAGUCUUCUUGGAGAACGUUAUCCGUGAUGCUGUGACAUACACCGAGCACGCAAAGAGAAAGACUGUGACAGCCAUGGAUGUAGUCUAUGCUCUCAAACGCCAGGGACGUACUCUGUACGGAUUUGGCGGUUAGACGUCCUGGCCACGCAACAAUCCAACGGCUCCUUUAGGAGCCACCAAAUCUGUAAAAGUCUAUGACCAACAAAGAGUGACCCUUAUGCAUGCCUCCUUCAUUCGUUCUUCACCUUUUUCUAUUAUCCAUGUGUAGACUUAUUUCUGAACUCAAAUUUUCUCGGAGCAUUUUCACGCGAACGGCUUAAAAAAUGCCGAAAGCCACGCCGGAAUGAAACCUAGCGUUACCCUAACAAUACUCCAGCUUUCAGGCCUUUUUUGUAAAAUUAAGCACUCUUCGUUGUUUCAAAGUCAUAAAUCAAAGCUAGGUGCUCACAACACAGACUUUUUUUUUAAAAGAAGUUAGACACAAAGUCCAGUCCUCUCUGUACAAUCUUGUCUCAAUGCUCUUCGGCGCUACAAACCGAACUUAUGUAACGCAUUGUUACAGAGCUGGCUCCAGUUGUUCAAUACGGAAAUAAGAGCUAUUCACUGGAUGAAUCCCCAUCCACCACAAUGCAUUUGGUUUCCAUAAUACUUAUAUGCUUAAUAAUGAUUUAUUCAUUCGAUAGCAUUAUACAACGUUUAACCCACCCGGGCAUGAUCUUAACCUGAGAUAAGAAAAAGAGUCAAAGAUGUCAGGGAAUGAGUCUAGGGUUGUUUGAGGGAGGUGUCUGGUUUUUGCAAGUGGUAGAGAUGACUCAUGUACAAUAAAACACGCAAGAAGGAACCUAGUCUUCUAGAUUUUAGGCUAAAAUUGUCCAGAACCCCUCUAAACAAGAAGCAGUAUGGUUUUACCUAAAUGCUAACGUGCUUCAAUUUUAUUUAUCAAAUUCACUUUUUAAAAUUUUGUUUGGUGUUUAUGUUGUGCUUAAAUUUUAUCCUUGGUUUCAAUUUUAUUUUCCUUUGUCCAGGCAUGUCCAGGAUCCUUCACAAACUGUUCUCAUGAACAAAAGUUCACUAAAAACCUGUAAUUCUAGUGUAUGCAUAGCCUUAAAUGAAAAUGACAAACACUGCAGUCGAAUAUGAAGUACUUGUAAAACAUCGACUCCAUUCCAUCUCUUACAGUCCUUGACAAAGGUGAAGUGUUCAGGUUGUGUACAGGUUGUGACAAUGUAACAUACAGGCCACUUUGCAGAAACUUGCCAGAAUCCAUCAGGAUUUUUUUGGGCCUGUACAAAUUAGGGAUUUUGUAUUUAACUUUACUGGAAUGAAUGAGAAGUAAUACAAAAUGCAUUUUUAGCCCAAAUUAUUUGGAUUACAAAAAUAAAUUGAAACAGUAGAUCUCUGAUCGUCUGGUGAGACAUGGUCGCCGAGAGAAACUUUUCCUUUCUCAGUGUUAUUAAAUUUUGUUACAACAUUUUAUCCAAUAUUUCUGAUUGUAAAAAUACUUAAAUUACAGUAUUCCAAUCAUCCAAUAAAGAGAGACACACAACCACAAAGGAAACCAAAUGGUAUUUUGUGUUUUAUUCACAGCAGGUACUGUAUCAGAACUACCUAAGACAACACGAUCAACACUCCUGAAUGUGCAUGUUUCAGUAAUACCAACAUCCAAUAAUAGGUCACUUAAGGAAGAACAGGGACAUCUAUGUUAAAAGGCACUACAUUUUGAGCAGUAUCUAGCCUGCACAACCGUCGUUUCUGUUUCCUUUAACUCUUUAAGCCCCAAUACUGACACACUCCCAAUUUCUCCCAACAUUAACAUUGGCUGAUCAAACAGACAGGUCAUGAGAAUUACUGAUAUGAUCACCAAAGAUGAAAUGUUGUAUGUGAGAAUAAAAUUCUCUUAAGCAGUACCAUAAGGAAUGUAUGAAGAACAGUGUGGAGAAGAUGCAUGUUGAUGUUCGGGCUUAAAGGGUUUAAGCCAAAGGGGCAACCACAAAAGACACAUGAGGGCAUGGGCAAAAAGGGGCUUCCUCAAGAGUCUUGUUUCUCCUGCUUGGCUUAAAGGAAAUGGAAGUGACUGCUAUGUAGGAUAAACAGUGGUAGUCUUUAAAAUCCAAAUAAGUGGUAUUUAUUAUCAAUUUUGCAUUCUGAUUGGUUCACACACAACCAACUUUUUUUACUCAGGUUAUAAGGCUAUUUUCCUAGCCCAUAAUUAAGAUUGAUUGACAUGUUUUGCCUUUUCAAAAAAGAAAUUGCAAGUCAAGUCUUUAACUAGUCUAAAGGAUGGUUUUGUCGCUUAAAACUUUUUGAACCAACUUUCCAAC